ACAGGCAGAGGCAGAGGAUGUUUACAGCCAUCAGGUAGAUGAGAUGGCGGAGAGACAGUGAAAAAGAGACAGAGACAGAGGCAGAGACAGAGACAGAGACAAAGAGAGAGAAAGAGAGAGAGAGAGAGAGAGAGAGAGAGAGAGAGAGAGAGAGAGAGAGAGAGAGAGAGAGAGAGAGAUGGUACAAUAUAGUACAGAGCUGAAUGUUUCACACUUCAUAGGAUGUUAGAGGAAGAAGCCCUUGCCUCAUGCUGAGACCCUGCAGCACAGCUGCGCCUUGCCAUGUGCUUUGAGCCUGUUGAUGAAGCCGGUACAUGGACGCUCACUGACUGACAGCAACAACCAAGAGGACAGAAGAGAGGACAAGUAAAGAAGGGCUGAGAGAGAUAUAAACAGAGAGAAAGAGAGAGAGAGAGAGAGAGAGAGAGAGAGAGAGAGAGAGAGAGAGAGAGAGGAGGAAGAGGAGGAGGACAAGGGACAAGAGGUUACAAGAUUGGUGAUGAUUUUCUUUGUGAGAGCAACUCUGUCCAACCUGCUGGGGAAGCAGAAGGUUUGAGGAAAAAAGCAAAAAGAGGAGGAAAAAGCAUCUGCCUGGAACUAUCCUGCUGAGAGGUAGAGAGCAGAUAUGCCUGCUCUCAUUAUGAAGUUUUCACUGUCAGUGCUGCUGACCCUGACCAUAACAAAGCCAGAUUUGACUGUGUCUGGGGAAGUUCAGGAGUUUGACAGUAGAGAUGAGGUGCUGGAACGAGAAUUCCUGUACGCUGGACGAAGCAAGCGCUCAGCGGACCCUGCUGGCAGCCCGCCACCAGACAAGUGCUCAUAUACCUUUAUUGUGCCUCAGCAGAAGACUACAGGUGCCAUUUGUGUAAACAGCAAAGAGCCGGAGGCUCUGCUGGAGAACAGGGUGAACAAGCAGGAGCUGGAGCUGCUGAACGGUGAGCUCCACAAGCAGAGGCGUCAAAUUGAAUCACUGCAGCAGCUGGUGGAGGUGGACGGUGGCGUGGUGAACGAAGUGAAACUCCUGCGCAAGGAGUCACGCAACAUGAACGCUCGGGUGACCCAGCUGUACAUGCAGCUGUUGCAUGAGAUUAUCCGUAAACGGGACAAUGCGCUGGAGGUGUCGCAGCUGGAGAACCGUGUGCUCAACCACACGGCUGAGAUGCAGCGGCUGGCUUCCCGCUACCGUGACCUCGAGCACAAGUAUCAGCACCUAGCCUCUCUAGCCAAUAAUCAGACUGUGCUUAUAGCCCAGCUGGAAGAACAAUGUCUAAGGGGUGGCUUCAGAGGAGCUGGUGGAGGAGGUGGUGUGGCACGACCUGCCAGACCCUACCAGCCUCCUGUAGCCCCUCCUCAACAACAACAACCCCAACUCCGUUUACCCCAUCAACCCCCAGCUAAGCCGUUCCACCCACCCCCUUUCACACGACACAACCAGAUCACCAAUGAAAUCCAGAGUGAUCAAAACUCCAAGGCAUUGCCACCACCUUUACCUACCAUGCCCGCUGGCACCCACAGCCCAUCCACAACAGACAAGCUUUCAGGACCCUUCAAGGACUGCCUGCAGGCCUUGGAGGAGGGACACACCAACAGCGGCAUGUAUUUAGUGAAGUCAGAAACCGGUAACAAGCUAAUGCAAGUGUGGUGUGACCAGAGUCAUGACCCAGGAGGCUGGACAGUCAUUCAGAGACGCCAGGAUGGAUCAGUCAACUUCUUUAGGAACUGGGAGACAUAUAAGCAAGGAUUUGGAAACAUUGAUGGUGAAUACUGGCUUGGUCUGGAGAACAUCUACUGGCUGACCAACCAGGGCAACUACAAACUUCUAGUGACUCUUGAAGACUGGUCAGGCAGAAAGACCUUUGCAGAAUAUGCCAGUUUCCGUGUAGAGCCAGAGGCUGAUUUCUACAGGCUGAGGGUGGGGCGCUACCAUGGCAAUGCUGGGGAUUCCCUUACUUGGCACAAUGGAAAGCAGUUUACCACCCUGGACAGAGACCAUGACGUCUACACAGGAAACUGUGCCCACUACCAGAAGGGUGGUUGGUGGUAUAAUGCUUGUGCCCACUCCAACCUGAAUGGUGUGUGGUACCGGGGAGGCCACUAUCGCAGUCGUUACCAGGAUGGAGUCUACUGGGCAGAAUUCCGGGGUGGGUCAUACUCACUGAAGAAAGUCACCAUGAUGAUACGACCCAACCCAAACACGUUUCACUAGCAGCUCGAACACAAAGGAGGGAAAAAAAAGCCCACAGGAACUGUCGCCAUGGUGACAUUUUGAACCAAGGGUACAAAAGUGCAAUUUUAACUUUUAUACAUCUUAUGUAUGUGUUUUUGUUUGUUAUUUUCUUUAUUGAUUUUAAGAUACAGUCAAACAAAGUGCACAAGCUCUCCAUUGCUUGAAGGAUCAAUAUGUCUGGGUGCAAUUUAGGGAGUACGGACUCUGAAGAAUAAUACAAAAAAAAAAGUUUAGAAUGCAGGCAUUCAGAGUACAAAGUGUCAUCUUGGACCUCAUUUUGUAAUCCCAGUGAUGUUUUUUUUUCCCGCCCGGGCGCCAAAACGGCUGCAAUGUCAAGAGGGAGCAGGACAUUGCCCUGUGUGUGAAAUUUCACCCUUUGUGCAAUUAGACCUUUGAUGAAUGGCGUCAGAACAACACAUUGUACAAUGUAACUGUUACUUUGUUUAUAUUUAUGUGGCAAGCCUUGAGAUGAUGUGCUAAUUUGAUGCAUGAUGUUAUCUGGUUAAAAUAAGGAGCUCUGUUACAAUACUGUAUUUCCUUUCAUAACUAGACAGGAAAUACUGUCCAACAACUGUGGCUUAAUCAUGAAUCGCUCUACAAAUGGUAAGUACUGGUUCAUAUUCCAUGACAAAGAGGAUUUUAAUGAAAUAUUAUUGAGAAGGUCCAUUUUUUGGGUAUCAAGUCAUUCUACCCGCUACCCAAAGCAGCUGAAAUAGGCCAAAUCAGUAUUUCAACAAAGGCAAAACAAAUACCGAUAUGUUAAAGAAUAAAAUAAUAUGAAGCAUGAUAAAUAUGAAACUUAAUAUGAAGCAUGAUAAAGAAUAUCCCUCUUAUGAAGGAAUAUUUAAGAUAUGUGAGCUAAACUUUUAAAAUGCUAGGUCCUCUCAAAAGGCUUGUCUUAUCAGAGCGUUACAUUUUGUUUCAUUUAGGACGGGAAAUAAAGACUGUAAUUUAGCAGAGACUAGUGUAGCGUGAAAGUAAUGAGACUGUCCAUUAGGUAUGUUUAUAUAGUAUACUCAUAUCAAUGACUUCAUUACAUUGGACAUUAAAGGUAAAUGUAUGAAGACAGAUAAAUAACCCUCCAAAAAAUCUUUUAUUUUCUGAGACUAGACAGUAUAUCUCACCUACAGUCAACUGUCUAUUUCUGUAUCUCAAAUAGGACCCGACCAACAUACUGUUGACAUAUGGUUGAACAUGCUGUUGUCAUAAAGCUUUGCAUAUGUGUCACCAAAGCCAGAAGCUCACAGAAGCAGAGGACCAAUCCCAGUCAGGGGGAGGUCUCCAAACACAUGCCUUGGUGACUAGGAAAAAUCACAGUCAGGGGGAGGUCUCUGGACACAUGAUGUGGUGAUUACUACCAAUCACGCCCAGGUGUAGUUAACAGAACACAUGCACUGGUGACUAGGACUACUGCUCAGCAAGCAGAGCACACCACACUGGUCUAGCUCAAACCACCGCGCUGGCCAAAAAAACGUCAUUUUGCUUCAAAGUGCCAUUUUUAUAUUUUCAUAUUGGUCGGGACCUAAUCUCAAACAGUGCCUCUAACCAAUGUGGUGAUUUUGCUGGUAAUAUGAGCUCCUCUCAAGCCAAUCUGCAGCUCUGCAAAUGACAUGUAAAGAUGUAUAAAAUAACAGUGAAAAUAUUUUUGUAAUACAAGGCAUUAAUGUCUUGUGUAUUUCCAGACUUUUGCAAUAAAUUAUGUACAGCUA